UCCAUUGUUCCUCCAUCACUAGAGAGAACAUCAAGUUCAUCAAAGCAAAGGACGUGAUGGUCGGCUUUGAACAAGAGACUGAAAUGCUUACGGAGCAACUUGUGACAGGACCUCGGGAAUUAGAUUUGAUCUCUAUUUUUGGAAUGCCAGGACUAGGCAAAACAACUUUAGCUAAGAAAUUGUAUAAUCAUGAAGCAAUUUACAAUCGCUUCGAUAUUCGCUUGUGGUGUUGCUCUUCCCAAUCUUAUGAUAAGAGAGCUCUCUUAUUUCAAUUAUUGGGUCUUAUUUCUGAGCUUGAUGAUAGUACUAAAAAUAUGAGUAAUGAUGAACUAGCUGAGAAGCUAUACAAACAUUUGAAGAGAAAGAGGUACCUCAUUGUUGUGGAUGAUAUUUGGAGUCAUGAGGUAUGGGAUGAUAUAAAGAGACCAUUUCCAGAUGAUGAUAACGGAAGUAGGAUUAUUUUAACUACCAGACUUGAAUCAAUCGCCACAUAUGCCAUGAUCUCUUCGAAUCCUCAUCACCUUCGUUUGUUCACUGAAGAAGAAAGUUGGAUGCUAAUGAAGGAGAAGGUAUUCAAAGAAGACAACUAUUGUCCUCAAGAAAUCGAGGAGAUUGGUAAGCAAAUAGCGAGAAAGUGUGGAGGAUUACCCCUUGCAGUUGUACUGGUAGCUGGUCUUCUUGCAAAACAUGAUCAUAAGAAAGUAAUUUACUGGCAAGACGUCGCUGAAAGUUUGAAGUCAAAAAUGCAAGGUUGCAUGGAUAUAAUUGAAUCGAGUUACCAACACCUGCCCAUUCAUUUGAAAAAAUGCUUUCUCUACUUUGCUUCAUUUCUAGAGGAACAGAAAGUUCCUGUUCAAAAACUGAUACGAUUAUGGAUCGCCAAAAUUUUUGUUGAAGCCAGUACUGGAUCGAAGAGCUUAGAGAUGGUUGCAAUGGAUUACUUGAUGGAUUUAAUUAGGAGCAACCUAGUGAUGGUGGCUAAACUAAAUUUCUCAGGGGAGCUCAAAGCCGUCCAUAUUCAUGACUUAAUACACGAAUUUACCCUGAUGAAAGCUAAAAGUGGCAACUUUUCGCUGAGGAUACAUGAUCAGUGUAUGAUUAUAUGUCCAUCUUCCAGAGGCAGUUCCGGACGUCUGAAUAUCGUAGCACCAGCUUGUGAAGUUAGUUUUGGACGAAAUAUCACCACCUUACGAUUCAGUCCCAGUGUAAAUUCUCCUUUGGUUGAUUUAGCUUUGACUGGAUCCUGGAAACACCUGAGAGUAUUAGAUUUGAGUUCCGUAAAGCUGCGUAAGACACUUGUAGAUGCAUUACAAUAUCUGAUUCAUUUGAAGUAUUCGGAGCUGCGGUAUUCUGAUUACAUUCCGUUUCCUAUAUGCAACCUGACGGAGCUACAGACAUUUAUAGUGACUGGAAUCUAUCGUAAAGACUGCAUUCCAAAUUCCAUUUGGGAUAUGAGAAGCUUGAGGCAUCUUCAUAUAAGUAGUAUAUAUGCCUGUCAACUAUUACAGGAUCUUGACAACUUAAUAACCUGUUCCAAUCUGGUUAUUUUUCCUGGGGUGUGUUACAAGAAAUUUAUGAAAAGAUUACCCAAUCUUGAAAAGCUCAGUUGUCGACUAUAUGGUUCUGGAAGAAUCUCUUGUUAAAGCUAGUUAAUGAUUGAAGCUAGCUAAGUUGGUGUGAAUGAGAAAUGGAGGGAAAAAAAUAAUGGAAGGAAAAUGAAGUUCAAAGCAAAGUUCCUUUGAAAAAGGAGCCUUGUACCACAUUGGUGGUAAAAAGGGAAAGUUAUGUGCUUAUAUUAGAAAGCACUUCCUCUAGCUCUUAAAGGGUCAAGAAGAGGGACUCCCCUCGCGCCGUCGUCGUCGCUCGGCUCGGAUUUGGAUUUGGAUUUGGAUUUGGUCAAAUGAUCUGAUCGUUGCCACAUUUGAGUUCGCCGAAGUCGUAGGCGUUUGAGGUACCGCCACUCCUACGACAGGUAUAUCCGUUAUAUCCUGGGAGGAAAUAAUCUGUAACCUCGGGUACAGUGAGGGGGUUAAAUUCCUUAAGGACACACAGUGAAUUCUGUGGUCUCGGAUAUUUUUAUUCACACAGUUGCUGUUUUCAUUUUCUACUUACUGGUUUUCUUUCCAGUUUCUAAUUCUGCUUUACAACAGUUCUGAACACGGGAGGAUAACAAGCUUAAGGAAUUUAUCAAUUAUUUCUGUGUUCACUUGUUGUUGUUUAACGAUUACAGAACGUUAUUUGGAAGAAAAAAAAAUUGUUUUUCGUUAACAUAAAACAGUGCUGUCCACAAAAUAAAAGAAACUUGUGUCUUUGUUGUUUGCAUGUAACGAACUUGUAUGUUGCUUGGAGACUAAAAUCUUCAGAUUUUCUACUCCGGUUGAGAUUAAAGU